AUGUGGCAAAGAAUUCUAAAUACAUCAUCAACGUCGACUCUCGUAUCAAAACACCCAGAAUCAAAUAAUAAAUUAGAGAGCAGUAAACCAAUGUUAAAGAAGGCUAUUUCCAUGGAUUCUCUACAUAAAAAACCUGUAUAUUUCAAAAAGAGAAACGGUAGUCUUGACACAAAUGUAUUAAGUCAAAAUUAUUGGUUGACAAACGAAAAGAAAUCCUCCACAAGUGAUCAUUCGACAAGUUCACAGGAUGAGACUUAUGUGGUCGCUUUGAUUGGAAAACCGUCUGUUGGAAAAUCAACAAUCGUGCGAACAGGUUUGAAUAACCUGGCCCCAAUAACAAAUGUCGGCACGGAAACAAAUAUUUUACAUGUUCCAACAUUAAUAACAGAAAUUGAUGUCGAUGACCAUGCAUAUCCUGUUGAAGUGCUAGAAGUUCAAGAGAAUGUUUUCGACAUGAAAGCUCCUCCAGUUAGAUGGCCAAUAGAACUUCCCGAGAUUGAUGGGAUUCUAGUUUGUUAUGACGUCACAUCACGUGCAUCGAUAUCGAACAUCGAAUGGCUUCUAAAUGCAUUCAAAGAAUUUCAAAUCCCAACAAUAUUGGUCGCUUGCAAAGCAGACUGUGAAUCAUCAAAACGACAAGUUGAAACAUCAUUCGGUUCAAAUCUUGGUGAUCUAUUUAAUGUUGGUUUCAUUGAAUUGGACACGAGAUCGGAUGCCGGAAUACAGAAAAUUCAUAACGUAUUCUCAAUGUUACUUAGAUUAUCGAUACGGCAUCGAGGAUUCUCUCGACAAAGUCACGUUAAAGGAGCCGACUCAUCAUCAGACUCAUUAUUUUUAUACAGCGUAAGCAGUGAUGCUGAAUCAGAAAAGGCAUCAUUAAGUCACAGAAGAACGUCAAGUGACUUAAGUCAUGAGUCAAGGGGACGAAGAAAGUUUUCGAAUUUAUCAGCGGUUCGUUUUAUGGGAAAUCGAUAUGGUAAUCGUUUCGGAACCGCUAAAGUUAAUUCGCGGAAAUCGCGAUCCCCCUUAAACAGGCUAAGUAGUGAUGAUGAAGCAAUAACGCCGCCGCAAACGCCUCCGACACAUUCAAUAUUAUCUCAAGUUUCGCUACCUCCAGUUCCUGUAUCUCCAAGCAAACAUCACCACCCCGAAAGGAAUUCUCAUCGACGAUCUAUUUUACCUUCAUCGAAUCUAUUACAAGUGGUGGAGGUUGAAGAAGAAAAGGAUGUGGUCUCUGUGAGGUCUGCAAAUAGUAGAAUCUCAACUGCAAGUUAUGAUUCUACUUUAAGUUCGAUCAGUGGAAGAAGUGAAAAUUCUUUAAAUAUGGAAAGUUUCUUUAUCAAUGAUAUUUUAGAAAAGGGACCAAACAAGUGUACUGGAAAUCGAACGGAUGGUAUGACUAUCGACGAAUUGAUUCAUCGAUUAACUGUUGGAGGUCAAUAUGGUACACACGAUGAUCCAUUUACGAUCACCUUCUUUGUUAUUUACCGAACCUUCAUGAGACCUCGAGAUGUUUUGGUCAAGUUGAUUCAAAGAUUUUAUGAAUGUGAAAAAGAUAUUAGAGAUAAUCGGAAUAAAACUCAUGAAAAAAUAUGUAACCUAUUGUUUACUUGGAUAACUCAUCAUCCAAACGAUAUGAUUCAUCCUCAUACACGGAAGAUGUUGCGCCAGUUCUUUGGCAAAAUUUCAACGUGCUCUCAUCUUUCGUACUAUGCUGUAUAUCUUGACCCCUUAGUUAAUGGAACAAUACCUGGAGAUGAUCCAGACUCUAUAUGGGGAUUUAGCGAUGUUGAUGAUGAUGAGAUUGCCAGGGAAGGGGAGGAAAACCGUAAUGGGGACAGUAAUAAACCAUCCUCUAAAAAAGACAGUGGUUUCGGUAGCUUGUUCAAUGACAAUCCAGACGAUUAUCAAACGGAAUUAACCGCAGCAUCUCUUGCAUAUCCUUAUCGUCCGAGUCUUUCAAAGCACCGCAAAGCUUCUUUAAUUAUUGUAAAUAACGGUUCAGCCGGAAGGCCGAUAUGUCAAUUGCCAUUCGAAGAAUUUCCUGAAAAGACAAUUGCAAAUGAGCUAACCUAUCAAGAGUUCCAACUUUUCAAAAAAAUUACGGCAAGAGACUUGUUGAGACACAUUUGGUCGCCACAAGGAAGUCCACAGCGUGAAAAUGGUAGAGUUGCUCAAUCCAUUAAACAUUUCAAUUUUAUUUCAAAUUGGGUUUCUACAAUAAUUUUAUCUCAAGAUAAAUUGAAAAAUCGCGCAUCGAUGUUGAAAAAGUUCAUGAAAGUCGCAGUGAUUGUUAGAGAAUCCAAUAACUAUAAUACUUUAAUGGCAAUUAUUGCUGCGAUCAAUUCUGCGCCAAUCUCACGACUUCGUCGUACACGCGAAAUUAUAAAAGGAAAAUCGACAUAUAAAAAAUUUCAUAAUCUGGAAGUUUUAAUGUCAACGGACAAGUCAUUUGGUAAUUAUCGUAUGGCGUUGAAGGCACCUUCAAGGGGAAAUGACGAACAAUUAGGGAUACCUUAUCUCGGUAUUCAUUUGCAGGACUUAUUGUCUAUCGGAGAGGGGAAUAGGAAUUUUCAGGAAGAUGGCAGAGUUCAUUGGAACAAGUUCUCACUAAUGGGUUGUGUCAUCAACAUGAUCCGAAAGUUUCAAAAGAAAUCUUAUGAUAUUAAGAACAAUAAAUUCAUUGAAAAAUUUAUUGCUGACACAUUGGUGAUGAGCGAUGAUGACCUAUAUAAUAGGUCAUUGGAUCUUGAACCUCGAAUUCAAAGGUCUUCUAGUACAAGUAGAGUACGAAGGAAGUAG